GAACCCAUUUUCGUUGCACUUCAACAAAUCCUGCUGGAAGCACGCAUAGAGUCCAGUAAAACUAAGCUGUCACAGACGUUAAAGAGGACUGCUUUGGAGAAAGGUUUUGCGAUUUCUGACAAUCAAGGAGAGGGAAACUGCAUGUUUUUUGCACUUUCAGAGCAGCUUGACCUCAUCAAAGGAAUUCAAAUGUCCCAUGAUGAGUUACGCCGAACUAUUGUUCAACACCUUCGGGAAAACCCCAGGCUGGUAAAUACCUUAUUAUUUUUGCUUGGGUAGAUUCAUUUGCGAGCCGUAAGCCGUCGCAUUUGCCCGCUGAAUUUUUUUCGUUGUUCUUAAGGUUAUUAGUAAUAAGACCCUGUCCACACGUAGUGUAUUUGAAUUUUUUUUCGCCCGUCUACAUAAGAACGCUGAAAUGAUUGAAAUACGAUAGCAUCCCUCACAGAACAAACGCAGUGCUACUAGCAUAUAAUAAAUGACAUCGUCGUAUUAGAAAACCUCUGUUUUUGUCCGUCCACACGGAAACGAAAAGUCGACGUUUUCAAAAGUCCACUCUGGGGACCGCUUUCUGUUGACCUGUGUUUUUGGUGCCCGAAAAGACCGUUUUCGUGUGGACAGAAGGCUAAAAAUACCCUGAUACGUGUGGACGGGGCCUUAAAUCCCUGCAAGCAAAUGCGACGGCUUCACGGGUAUGCUGCAAAUGAAUCCACCCUUUAUCAGCGAAACAGCAGCUCUACAUGAGCAUCACGCAUGUUGGUACUUUUCUUCGUCGUCCACUGCACGACGUGAAACUUCCUAAUGCGACGUUUUGUGAAGGACCUCGAACGCACGGCGACGAAGUAUUGUUAUUAGAUCGGGAUGCUGUCCUUAAAAUACAAAUCCCAGAAAUUUCUUCUCCUUUUUUAAUUUACAAAACGCUACAUAAGGACCAUGAAGAUUUAAAUUAAGGCAAAUUCGUUUCCUUUAAUCACAUUUUUAUCUCGGAAAUGGAAAAUGGAAACCGAUUUUAGGAAAUCUGUUUCUGUCGCCUCGAUCGUCUGACUUAUGUCCUAAUUUUUUAUAAGUACGUUAUUGCUGCGGAGCGACCGAAGGGAGCGAGCAGCAACAUAAUCAGGAUUUAAAGAAAAUAUAUAAGGGGCGACGAAUUCUCGAAUUCAUCACUUUUUACCACAAUGCAUUGCAUUUAACCACACUUUUUACCACAAUGCAUUGCAUUUAACCAGAGUGCAUUGCGCCACGAACAACUCAAAUAAAAACACGGGAAAGUUCGCAUCGUUCGCUGCCCAGACUCAGAGUUUUCUUUGUAGCAAAUUUUCUACAGCACGGUUAGAGGUCUUACCAAAUUUAAGACACACAGGAAUCUUUCAGAUGAGUACGAUGGUUAACUUGGGGAUUGGAUUUCAAUUCAAGAGCCUUUGACUCGACCAGGUGUUAAACCUGACGAGAAGAUGAGUAUUUGCUCUUCGACUCCGCAACACGGGGGAUAUACAAAUUCCAGCUUGCUAGAAGGUGAUGUGAAAGUGAGAAAAUGUCAUGCCAUGCUAUUCUUAAGAACCUGCAUGAGCCGAAAAUGGAUGUGAUUUUGACCAUUCGCUUCAAAAUAAUGGCGGAAAUCGAGAUAACAAAACAUAUGUUUUGUGUCCUACGUUGCAGACGAGGACGUGUAUCGGCGUUUUUAAGAGCAUAAUUAUGUUCUUUCAUUCAUGUAUUGCCAUGGAAUAUGCGCUGUUAAUUUGCUGUUAAUAGCUCGAUUAUGCGGCUGGCGAUCAUCUUGCCGGCGGAAGUUUCACGGAAAAGGAAUUAUAUUAAAGACUUUUCCCAAAAUUAUGUAAUCAGCCUCUGUGGUGUAGUGGUGAGGUAUAGUCGCCUCGAGCAGAUGGUGCCGGGUUCGAGUCCUACCGAUCGCUUUUUUUCCUUCGUUCUUUUUUUUUCUGUUUUUUGUGUUGUUGUUUUCUAUAAAUAUAUAGCUAAAUAACUGUUACUUAAUAAAGUGCAAUAAACAGCAAGAAAAGUAUCAUGUUUCCAGAGAAAAGAUAGUACACCCUAUAUUAAAUAUAUGGAUAAAUAAUCUGAAUUUCUAUCAUUUCCUACAAUUUACUGUGGGAAAACCAGAGUUGAUAACCACUUGAUCAUUUUUUAAACAACGUUCCCACGAGUUCUGUAUAUAGACUGAUAGUACUUUCCAAUAUGUAAAUAGGACAUUCAAUGUCAUUUUCGAUUCUUUUAAGUCUCACUGCCUAACUAAUGCCAGUAUCAACAGAAUGUGCCGCAGCAUUACUAUCUUUUAGAUACCCUAGUUUUACUAAGUAGGAAAUGUUCACUGAAACCCGCUUUGUUCCAACAGCAUAUGUCUAUAUAGUGAAGUGAAUACUUUAUUUAAAGAGGGUAAAACUUGACAGUUAUAACAUCAACUGAUAAACGUGAGGUCCUCAAUACUGGUUAUACAUGUAGGGUUAUUUAUGACCCAACGUACUUGGCCUAGUCGAAAUUUCCAAACUUUUAUUAUUUCAUGAUAAACACCUCUUCCCCUCUCACUUACACGUGUAACAGACACCUCACUAAAACCUCCUAAAGUAUCUUCCUGAAAGUGUUGGUCCCUGCCGUUCUUAAUUGUUGUUGUUGUUUUUUUUUGGACUUUUUACAAGGAAAAUAGUAUAGGAUACACAGUUUAGACCUCGUUUUUGAAGUGAAAUCUCAUUAGCAUGAAGUGGAACAAAUAAGUGUAGGUGUCAUCUUUAUCUCAUGAAUAAACUGUGGUAGAAUCUCAUCAAGAUAUAAACGUCUAAGUUAUACGAGCUAUUUUUAUGUAGUGUCUAGUAUAACCAGUUAUUCUUACAUUGAUGGUGUAACUUGCAGGAAUCAUGUUCUUAUUUGGUGAGAAUGCUGUAAAAGUUUAUUUCAUUGUCCAUUGCAGAGACCCUUUUGGCCUGGUUGCGGUUCACUACUAAAGUGGACAUAUCUGCUCUAGUGCCGAUACCAGCGGGGUCCGCGCAGCUGCCUGAAUAUAUACCUUCUACAAAAGCACUCUGCCUUUUUCUCCAUUAACUACAGUAUUUACUUUCUUUCUUACAGCCGAAUGGGACAGAACUGUUUCAUUUUGUUGAUGGAUAUUCAUCUUGGGAUGCCUACCUCACGUGCAUGAUGGUAGAUGGUACAUGGGGUGAUCACGUGAUUCUACGCGGCGCGGCAAACUGUUUUCAAACGUGCAUCCACGUGAUCAGCAGUCUGCCACAUUGCCAUGACGUAAUGAUUUGUCCAGAGUAUGAUGUUACUGGUAGCAACCGGCUUGUGCUGGGUCACGUGGAUGAGCUUCACUAUGUUAGCCUUAUUCCUUAC